GUCACGUGAUCGGAAGAUGGCGGCCCCGGGCAGCAGCGGGGGCCCCGCGGUGUCGGUUCUGACCCCGAACGGGAGGCGCCUCACGGUGAAGGUGACGCCGAGCACCGCGUUACUGCAGGUGCGGCGGGCGGAGAGAGGAGGCUCGAGAGCUGCCUGUCGGAGGGUCCUUAGAUGCGGCGGGCGGGCUGAGGUUUUGGAGGACACCUGUCGGCGACAGAACUUCAAUCCAAGUGAAUACGAUCUGAAGUUUCAGAGGAAUGUGCUUGAUCUUUCUCUGCAGUGGAGAUUUGCCAAUCUUCCUAACAAUGCCAAGCUGGAGAUGGUGCCAGUCUCUCGUAGUCGGGAGGGACCUGAAACUAUGGUUCGGAUUGCGUUGCAAUUGGAUGAUGGCACUAGGUUACAAGAUACAUUUUGUUCUCGCCAGACACUCUGGGAGAUUCUUGUUCAUUUUGUACAAACCAGGGAGUGUGUGGAGCAGCUGUGUGAAUCUACUCCAGUCUGUGUUUACAUGAGGGAUGAGAUAACUGGGAGAGCUGCUUUGCAGAAGACCACACUGAAGUCACUGGGCUUAACUGGAGGCAAUGCCAUCAUCAGGUUUUCCAUGAAGACGUGUGAGUCACCUGGCACAAAGGAGGCUAUGGUUCCUAGGAUUAAAGUCUCAGGAAACCCUGUCUCAUCUGUCUCUGUUGAUCAGGCCACCAGCGACUCUCGGCUUUCUUUGGGCUCUGAUGGGCUAAGCAGCGGCGAUUUGAGUCGACCAGAUGAUGCAGUUACUUCAGGGAUCAGCCAAAUAGAUUGUCUGGGCCUUAAACGAUUGGAUGAUGAAAUGAGGCUGAGUUCCAGGGAAUCAGUAUCUCCUUCCUUUGUUCCUUUCUCUGGGGGCGGGCAGCGUCUUGGAGGCUCUUCUAUGCCAUCAAGACAUCUGGUGCCAUCUUCAACCAAAUUGCCAAAAUCUCUUUCUAGUCCUGGAGGCCCUUCUAAACCAAAGAAGUCCAAGCCUGGCCAGGAGCAGGAACAAGAACCAGAAGAGCCCAUGGAGCGGGAGGCGGUGGUGUGCCACCCAGAUCUGGAGGAUGUGUUCCAGGCCUGGCCAGCAGAGCUUCCUGAUGAAUUCUUUGAGAUCACUGUGGAUGAUGUGAGGAGACGCUUGGCUCAGUUGAAAAGCGAACGGAAGCGCCUAGAAGAAGCACCAUUGGUGACCAGAUCUUUGCGAGAAGCUCAAAUGAAAGAAAAACUAGAGCGCUAUCCAAAGAUUGCACUGAGAAUUCUGUUCCCUGACCGAUACAUCCUACAAGGCUUCUUUCGCCCAAAUGAAACAGUAGGAGAUUUGCGAGACUUUGUGAGAAGUCACCUGGGAAAUCCUGAAUUGUCCUUUUACUUGUUCCUUGCCCCUCCAAAAACCAUCCUGAGUGACGACACACUGACCCUCUUCCAGGCUAACCUCUUUCCUGCUGCCCUUGUUCACUUCGGGUCUGAAGAACCAACAGAUUUCUACUUGGAGCCCCAGCUGCUGGAGAACACCAUCUCUCCGUCUUCUGCUGAUGUGCUGGUGGCCAGGUGUAUGUCCAGGGCCUCAGCAACGCCAACUGUUCUGCCAGCCCUUGAGCCUGAGCUUUCUGAACAGGAGGAAUCAGCUGAAGUGGCAGUAGAACCCCCAGAACCAGUUGCAGGAACUGCUCAGCCUGUGAGGAGGAAUCUAGGCAAAGUGCCCAAGUGGCUUAAACUCCCAGCUGGAAAGAGGUGAGAGCCCAUCACAAAGGGAGGGGACUCCUCUACCCCUGCUACUCCUAUCCACUCCCCACCUGAGCUGGGAAUAAAGCAUUGGCGUGCUCCUCCUGA